CAGUUAAAACAGCAUGGCGACGUCCACUGAUGUUGGAGACUUGGAUGUUGCAAAAAUCAGUGUUCCAACUUACGAAUAUAAAGGUGUCAACACAAAAGUCUUUCAUGUAGGUUCAUUUGGGAAGCUGUGGGGAGAGAAAUUGAACCCCGAUUAUUUCUCCCUUCAAGAAAACGCAGCUAAUUCGGAAGAAGCAGAAGAUGCUGCGUUUGCAGAGGAGGUCGGAAUUAGUGCAGACGUCUUGGAGGAAGUCAAAUUCGUGUGUAGCUUGGAUACUUUGAGGUGUCAUCCUGAAAACGAAUCACCUGACACAGAAGUUGUUGGCCCAAAUCCCAGUCUGCAGACAUUGAGAGUUCAAAAAAGGAAGCAGGAUUACCGGGAAACUCUGACAAUAGAUAAGACAUGCAGAAGUAACAUCUAUGCAAGUGAAAUGGAAUGUGUAACAGAAAGGAAGAGGCCUGCAGACCCAGAAGCCAUGGUGGCAGAAGGGGAAAUCAUUUUGAGUAUCAACAUUGUGUACCCAGUCAUAUUUAAGAGGUUCAGAAAGCACAGGCAGCACCAGACAAUGAGAGUGCUGGGCUCUCAGAAGCUAACGGAGCUGAGAGACUCCAUCUGCUGUGUGAGUGACCUGCAAGUCAGUGGGGAGUUCAGCAAUAUGCCUGACCUGGCUCCAGAGCACAUCAACAAGGAUCAUUACAAAUCUGCCUUCUUCUUCUUUGAGGGAGUGUUCUACAAUGACAUGAGGUACCCCGAAUGCAGAGACCUCAGCCAGACCAUUUUGGACUGGGCUCAGAACCAUUACACACAUGACAAGUUACAAGCUGCAAAAAUGGAAGAGGCUACUUUUAACGACCUGAAAAUUAAAAUUGGUUUUCCUUACUUGUAUUGUCAUCAAGGAGAUUGUGAACAUAUUAUUAUAAUUACAGACAUCAGGGUGGCCCAUCGGGAUGAUUGCCUAGACAAAACACUCUACCCAGUCAUCACUAAGAAGCACUGGGUCCAGACACGGAAAUGCUCCGUGUGCAACAUGUACAUCCCAAGGUGGGUAACCAGCAAAGAUUGCUUUGCGCCGAUGGAUCCCUGCUUCUUCUGUGACAAGUGUUUCAGGAUGCUGCACUACGACACUCACGGCAACAAGCUAGGAGAAUUCCUGGCUUAUCCUUACGUGGACCCAGGAACGUUCAACUAGAGACUGUAUUCAAAGCAACCUGGAGGGGGGACUGAAUUUUUGUGAUGCAAAUUACAACUUCUGUAUAAUUGUUGAGCACUGGAAAAGAAUAUAGUGCAUUAUACUUUUCUAUGUCCCAAUGUUACAAUAACAGUGUUACAAUAGUGUUUUUUUUAUAUCUUUUCAAAUAAAAAGUAAUGUAACAAAACA